AUGAUUUUCUUGGGAUUAAAUAGUGAUUACAAUGCUAGAAUAAAUUUAAAAAUAAAAUUUAUUGUAAAAUCAAUAAUAAAAGUUUUAACUAAGCAUUUAGUAUUAAUAAGCAUUUUAAAUCUGAUCAUCUCACUAUGCUACAACUAUAUUGUAAAUGCAGACAGUAAUCACCAGUUAAAUAUUGUAGCACAUUUAUUAAGAGGAACGUUUGUUAGCUCCGUACCAUCAUGUUUAACCCUAUCAUUAUUAAUAUUUUUUAAGGAGCACAGCUUAAACAAUUACAAGUACAAGGAAUGGAAUUUGAUAAACGUAUUAUGCGUAGUAUUAACCUUUUAUAGCAUAUUUUAUACGAAGACUGUUUUUUCAAAGGACUAUGGGAACAACAUAUACGAUAUCCUCUACGUGGCAUCUAUAUCGUACAUAUUGCAGAAAAGAUUCAAUACCAGGAAGUUGAGCAUUCAUGAUUUCCAACAAUGCAUGAACACGGAAACGAAGAACAUAAUUGAGCUCAUUCAGAAGGGAAUAAUUUUAAAUAUAAUGCCACUUAUUUGCUCAUACGUACUGAGUUUCAUUGUCGACAUAUUAUUAACAAUAAUUAACAGCAUUAGUUUCAACAUUAUCGUAAGUAUACUGACCCACCCAUUUGAUGUGAUAUUGAGUUUGCCAAAAAUAUACAACUUAUCAAACAUAUACGUUCUUACGAAUUUUUCUUAUUGCGUCUCGAUACUUUCAUCAAUAUGGAUAACGGCAAUUUUGGAAUAUCACUUUAUAAUUUUCAAUUUUAUAUUUAAUAAAUAUGACUGUAAAAUACUGACGUCGCUAGAUAAAUUCCCAAUGCAUAACCAGUGCUCCUAUCAUGAUGAAUUCUUCGUCGUUACGUGCAUCUACAACUACUUGAAAGAUAUAAGCUACAGAAUAAAAGGGAAUAACAUUGAGAUAACAAAUAUGGACAAAAAGACAAAGUUGAAACUACUGUUAUUUAAAAAAUUAAUAUUAAUUAAUGCAAGUUUGAAAUAUAAAGAUGAGAUAAGCAUCUUGAGUCACUUAUGUAACCCUAUAAACACAAUAUUAUUUGAAGAUAACAAAUUUUGGAACGCCUACAUAGAUUCAUGUAUACUAUGCAUUGAAGAUUUAAUUGGUCAAUUAAAAAAAUAUAUAAAUAUUUUAAAUCACGACCAAACUGUUUAUUCUGUUGAAGAAAAGGCAGAACUGAAGAGUGUAUUAGAAAAGAACAGAAUAAAUAAAUUAAAAGACACCAUAGUAUUAACGUGUAUAUAUUUAAAAGGAGUUGCCUUGUGGUCAAUUGCCAUAAGCAUUAUCUGCAAAAAUGUCAUAGUAUCGGUUAUUAGGAAGUUAUCCUCCAUCAUAGUUUCCUUAUCCUAUGUUUUAUUUGACUUUUUAAAUUUCAUCAAAAUAAAUGAAUUAUAUGACCCACUGCACCACCUACUUUAUGAAAUGAAUUCCAUUGUGGACAUUUUUAAAUUUUAUAAAGAAGAUAUUUUAGACAACAAGUAUCAGUACUCCUACAACUUAUAUAAAGGAUUAUCGUAUCUGUUCAGAAAUAAAUCCCUAAGAUACUAA